AUGGCUGUCACGACGUACUCGAAGCUUCAGCAUGCUGGGCUUGAACAUAUUUUGCUUCAGCCAUCAGACGGGGCAUAUGCAGCUCGUCAAGGCUCAUACCUGGCGCAAAACGCCGCUCUGAACCCUGCAUGCGUUCUCCAGCCGCGCACGGCGGAGGACGUCAGCCAAGUCAUGAGAGCUAUCGCUGACACGGGCAUCAACUUUGCAGUACGUAGUGGAGGGUGCGUGCUGUGGCCUGGUGGGAGCAGUAUUGCAGAUGGAGUCACAAUCGAUCUGGGAGCGAUGGGGGACGUAAUUUACAACUCCUCGACAAGGAUCGCAUCGCUGCAGCCAGGAUCAAAUUGGGGAGAAGUGUACAAGGAGAUGGAAAAGCAUUGUGUCAUGGUCGCUGGCGCAAGAGAUGUCGCUGUUGGGGUUGGAGGCUUCCUGACUGGCGGAGGCAACUCGUAUCUCACGGGUCGCAUUGGCUUUGCUUGCGACACGGUCGUCAAUUUCGAAGUUGUGCUCGCAGAUAGUCGGAUAGUGAACGCGAAUGCCACCGAACAUGCGGACUUAUGGAAGGCACUGAAAGGAGGGUGGUCGAACGUUGGCAUCGUAACUCGUUUCGAUGUUGGAACUCUACCAGGAAAUUCGAUAUGGGCCGGCUCUCGUGUGCAUGAUUACUCCAUCAUCGACAAAGCUGCUGCGGCACUUGUGAAGUAUACUGAACAAUGCCACAAGGCUCCUCAAACAGCGCAUCUGUUAGUCGGCGGCUACAACCCAAACUUUCCCGGAGGUCGUGCUAUUGUGACUGUUGUAGCCGACACAGAAGGCAACGAGGCACCUCAAAUCUUUGACGAGAUCCUCAGUAUACCUACCGUCUUCGAGAACUUGGGCCAGACGACGAUUCGGGCUAUGGCAAAGCAAAGUGGCUACUCAGCAGAGACCCGCAGACGAGCUCACUGGUUCACAUUGACGUUUGCCAACGACAUAGAAAUUGUCAAGAAAGCCAUCUCGCUGCAUGAGAAGCUGGCGACGGACGCGAAGGCGAUCGUCGGCAGUGACAACUUUGUCACAUCGAUGGUGUUUCAGCCGCUGCCAGCAUGCUUUGCCGAGAUCGGCACUCGCAAGGGUGGGAAUAGUAUGGGGCUGGCUGCUGUCAAGUCCAAUUCGAUCAUGUGGCUACUUACCAUGAACUUCGCGGAUCCUUCGUUGGACGAGUCGAUAUAUGAGGCCUGUAGAGGGUGUGAAAAGGACCUUGAAGCGUUUGCGAGGAGCCGUGGUGGCGAUGUGCCUUGGAGAUACAUCAAUUAUGCCGACAAGAGCCAGCAUCCGUGGCUCAGCUGUGGACCAGAACUUGUCGAUUUUCUGACAGAGGUUUCCAAGAAGUACGACCCGCAGCAAGUCUUCCAGCAUCAGCAGCCAGGCUCAUUCACUCUGCUGAAUGCUCGAACCGCGAAUGCGCAUCCGAUGGCUCUUACAGCGGCAACAAUUGAAGGUGCUUGA